AUGGUAUCUAUAAGAAUACCUGUUCUUAUAAGUAAGUAAUUUUUUUCAAAAGAAAACCGUCCUUUCAACUAUUAUAAAAAUGAAACCAAAAAUUAACACAGCUUUUAAGUCUUCAUCAUAUCCCUUAUAUUUGCUGCUUAUUUAGGGCUUGCACUGAUUCAUUUAAAUCAUGAUAAAGCUAUACAUUUUCUCACAUUCAUGGUACUCACGACAGAAUUUUACUUCAUCUUUAACACGAAGCGAAAGGAAUUAAAGAUGCUACGAUAUAUUACUCUAUUGGUUUGCACUGGGGGUGCAGGAAUUGGACUGGAAAUUCUACAAAGUAUUGUAAACCCUUCCCGUGUAUUUGAUAUAAAUGAUAUUCUCUGCAAUAUUGCGGGAAGUCUAGUAGGAGUGGGAGUCAGUUCAGGGUAUCUGAUGUGGAUAAUGAAGAACAGAAGACCACAAAAACAGAGUUAUAGAAUGGAUGUUCGACAUCCACUAAACAGAAUUGAACAGGACGACGUGGUUCCAGAGGAAGAAGACUAUGUUAAAAUAGAAAUGAAGGAUGCUGCCGAACAAGUGUGA